AUGGCCAUCCAAAUCCCUAUCGACGCGAUCACCUCGCGUUUCGGUGACCGCUUCAACUCCCUCCGCAGCCAGUCGCUGAGCACCCGUUUCGCCAACCUGCGCCCAGUCUCCGAGUUCCUCGACCUCAAGCGCCUGUCCAAGCCUGCCAACUUCGGCGAAGUGCAAAGCCGCGUCAAUUACAACUUGGGCCACUUCUCCAGCAACUAUGCCGUCGUCUUCGUCAUGCUCAGCAUCUACAGCCUGCUGACCAACCCGCUUCUGCUUUUCAUCAUCAUCUUCGCGGCUGCCAGUGUCUGGGGCAUCGGGAAACUUGACGGCCGUGACCUGGACUUGGGAUUCCGUCGCUUCAACACCUCGCAGCUCUACACCGGUCUGCUGUGCGUUAGCGUCCCUCUGGGUUUCUAUGCUUCGCCCAUCGCGACGGCUCUCUGGCUGAUCGGCGCAACCGGUGUGACCGUUUUCGGUCAUGCCGCUCUCAUGGAUAAGCCUAUCGAGAAUGCUUUUUCCGAGGAGGCGGUCUAG